AUGGACUCUCAGCAGCCAAGCGCUGUUGACAUGGAAUCAACAACGCCGCGAGACAGACCCGCAUCAGACCCCAAUGCGCGAUUCGGACUGAAGCCGGACCAGCGACUGCCAUACAUUGCGUUAGCCACAUUCGGUACGGGCAUGGGCAUCGGUGCCUUCCACGGAAGUCAGACGGCCUCCUAUCGCUUUCGCGCCGAAAACGCGCACCGUUUCCCCACGACGAAUAAAGGAUGGUUUCUGUACCAUAAGGAUAAAAGCAACUUGCGCUUGGUGACGGCAGUCAAGGAGGGAUUCAAGAUGGGUGGUAAGUUGGGUGCGGGUGCCCUUGCAUUCGGGUUCUUCGAAGAAACGGUGGACAAAGCCCGGAAUGACCGAGAUUUCUUGUCUACGGUCACGGCGGGAUUGACGUUCUCAGGCAUUUACAGUCUACUAGGUUGGUUCUCGGAUGCACUGUUUUGUUUGCUUUGGAUUUCAUCACCCUUUCACCCACGGUAUAUAUGCUAA